AUGGAGGAUGUAAAGGACCCGCCGACCGUUCACCGGUCCUCCUCCUUCAGCAUCAAGAGUCUCCUGCUGCCCUCCAAGUGCGACAGACCGGACUUAGUUGCUGCUGCUGCCGUCGCCGGCAUCCACGGGACUCUGUCUCCUUCCCCGGGUUCUGACUCUGAAAAGUCGCUGGAACCUGCAGAGGUGGACUCCACAGCCGUGGCUCUGGACCCGGAGAAACCCGGUAAGGAGGAGCAGGGGGAAGAGGAGGAGGAGGGCGGAGGGGGAGGCGGAGGGGGGGACGGCACCAAGGCAACACCGGAGCAGAAUACUAACGGUACUAAUAGCGGAAAAACCGGGAAAUAUGACAAGCCUCCGUUCAGCUACAACGCUUUGAUCAUGAUGGCUAUUAGGCAGAGCCCCGAGAAGCGACUUACGCUGAAUGGCAUCUAUGAGUUCAUCAUGAAAAACUUCCCUUACUAUCGGGAGCACAAGCAAGGCUGGCAGAACUCCAUCCGGCACAACCUGAGUCUCAAUAAGUGCUUCGUUAAGGUGCCCAGACACUACGACGACCCAGGAAAGGGCAACUACUGGAUGUUAGACCCGAGCAGUGAUGACGUUUUCAUCGGGGGGACUACCGGGAAACUCCGUCGGCGCUCCGCCACCUCCAGGGGCAAGCUAGCCAUGAAACGCGGGCUGCGCUUUGCUCCUCUCGGUUUGGGGAUUAACGAGCGGGCAAACAACCCGCUCUACUGGCAGAUUUCUCCUUUUCUCUCUCUUCACCACCACCACCAUCACCCACACUACAACGGCUCAUCACCCGGGUUUUUGAACCAGGCUGCGGGCUACGGGUCAUUGCUGCCCGCGGUGGAGCAGCUAAGUAACGGGGACCUGGGGCGCUCCAUCCUUGGUGGGUCUGCCGCCGGGGCGCUGGGCUUGACGAACAGUUACGGUAUGAACGCAUCGCCGGUCGGGCUUCUCUCCGGACAGACUGCCGGGUAUUUUGUCUCAGGGACCCAACACUCCGCAGCGGCUCAGGGGCCACCGGGCGGAGGACCACCGCCGCAUCCUCCACCGCACCUCCAGCAGAGCGCGCCAGGAUUUGGCGGCUUGGCGCCUAGCAGCUCCCCGCAGUCCCUGCUGUCGGACUCCCUUAGAAACACUUCCCUACCGGCCUUCUCCGCGGGCGUGUCCGCGGGGUUCCCCGGGAUGCUGUCCCAUCAAAAGAGGGUGACCCCAAACGCUUUCCUAAACUGAAGUCCCCCCUCCCUCCCCCUCUCUCCCCCUUCACCACCACCUCCCCGUGGAAGGCACCGGGACGAGGACGCACAAAAGACGUCAUGUUAAGGGCGAACAAUAAGUGGUAAAUAUCAAACAUUGAUUGCAAAAAUAUACAGUAUAUAUAAGAAGUGAAACUUUUGGCCAUAUUCCCGAAGAGCAACGGGUUUAUUCUUUUUUUCUUUUUUUGUCGCGUUUUACCGAAAAAGGGACAAACUUUGUUACCCGCGGGCUGUACAACUGUAAACUAGA